AUGAUGGCCCCCAUGCACGAACGAAUCCGCGACGACCUCCUCAUCCGCGAACGCGCUCUCUGGACGGCUCUCACCUCGGCCGAUCCAGGGCCUGCCGUCGAGAAACUGUGCAAUCCAGACGCCAACAUGAUCUUCCCCAAGAUGCCCAUCCUCACUCUCGACACCGAGCCGUCCUUGAGCAAAGCCCUCCAGCCGCCCUUUCAUCGUUUCGACCAAUACUCCCUCAGCGAAGUCCGUGUUAUCAUCAUCGAUCUGAUGGCGGGGACAGUCACGUAUAGAAUCCAUGCGUCGAGGGGAGAAAGAGAGUAUCGUGCCAUCGGGUCGACGACAUGGAGUCAAGCUUCUGAUGGGGAGUGGCGGAUUGUGUGUCACCAGGAGACGAGAUGA